GGGACUCAGUCGCUCGCUUGGGUCGUCGAGAUACGAGUCUUCGGUCGACUCUGCUGGGGCUGCUCAUUCAACGUCCACGUAACUCGUAUAGUCGGAGUGAGGAGCUAGACGGCGUGGGAAAGCGAGUGUGUUGGUAAAUCGAUAUUUAGUCUUUGCGGCUCUGCCAACCCUUGAUGCAUCUGUGUAGUCACUGAGGAAACAUGGACGAGUUAAGUAGCAUUUCGCACAUGUUUGAAAGAGGAAAAACGUUCGAUAAUUCGGGCAAUGUUAUCCGGAAUAGGUUGAAUCUGGAACAAAGGAUCAAUGUACUAAAGCAAUACGAACAGACUCCAGAUAUUCGCUUCUUGUCAGAGAAAUUUGAAUGCGGACGGAGGCAAAUCAAGAAUAUCUUGCGCAAACGCAAAAAAUACUUGAUGAUGUGGUCACGAACUAAAAAACGGAUCCCUAGACCUGAGUUUUCACUCCUGAACACUACUGGAGUCAUUUUGCAUGAGUGGGUUAAACGGGCCCGAUGUUAUCAUAUCAACAUCACAGAUGAUAUUCUGCGGAGCUUUGGACAAGAAAUCGCCGAUCUAAUCAAUUUUCGGGACUUCAAACCAACCAGCGCUUGGCUUAUCCAGUUCAAGCAAAAGUACAAACUUCUCAACAUGGAACUGAAUAUUAAGCAAGAAACAGAUAUCAACCCUGCAGACAGGAAACCUUUGGGCAUUAGCAUCAUAAUUGAGGAUUUACGUCGGGAAUAUGGCGACUCACUGAUUUGCCCUGACGGAGACACAAAUGAAAAUGAACUUUUCAAUGAAGAUUCAAAGUCAGAAAAUUCAAUUACGGAUAACUUCCGAUCAGAUAGCACUGACUCCGCAAUACAAAUGGACAUCGAAAAAGAUAACUUAGAAGCUGAUGUAGCUAAUGGAAACGACUCGGAGGUCGCAAAGGAAAUUUCGAAUUAUCGGGAAGCCUUGAACCAGCUUGGACCGUUGGAACAGUUUGCCCUGCUGAAAGAGAAUAUUCGAGCCGUGGGACUCAUAAAUCAAUUAGAAAACCUUUUCAGGGAGGAAAUGAUAAGGGAUGAGUUAGAUUAACUUUAUGAAUAUAUGGAACCUGAUGUACUUGUAUAUAGU